GCAAUAGGAGAGAUGCACCUACGAGAUAGGCCGAGUAGUUACGAUUUUGCUAGAGUUUAUUACUAUAUUGCUACCGAUUGGAGAUUACAUGUACAGAUAUUUAUCAAACAGUGGCAGGAUAACAGUUGGAUUAAAUGGUCGUUAUGCAGUUUUCGUGCAGUUUUAUCUUAGCAAUAUAAUGCACUAAAUAAAUGGAUUUGUGUGUAGCUUAGCAUUCGGACCUAUUUUAUGCAAUUAAGUUACACAUACUGACACAAUUAAGAACUUCAAAGUUUGAAGCAGAAGGACACGGUCAGUAAGUGAGUGACUUAUCUGACAGCUUGCACAAGCAGGAGCAAAGAGACUACCCAGACUUCUUCACUGUAAAUGGGAGAACUUCAAAUGGGAAGAAAAUAGAUCAUACUGGAUAUCCAAAGAACACUUGCCAUCAAACAGACUUAACUAAGCAGACUUAGGAUGGCAGUGAAGAGUGAUCAAGGGCAGCAACUCUUGGUGCUUGUGGUGUCUGCAUUCUUAUUGGCCAUCACUGGGCAACAGUUUGCAGCAGACCAGAACUUUGCAAAUCCUGGAAUCAACAAACAUCAAGCUGAUGCUCCGCCUCCAGACUUGCUGCCAGUGCAGUCCCAGAAUGCACCAGUACUUCUUGGUAAUAGUAACCAGGGAGGCCAGCAGGGCAUGCUGGCAGGAAAUCAGCCUGAAGGUUUGCAACCAUCACAGAGAAUAGGAAACAAAGUCUACACAGCCCAGGAGCUGCAAAUGCUGGAACAGGAGCUUGCUAAAUCAAAUUUAAAACAAAUUGAAAAUCACCAAAACCCUGUUUUUCAAAGUAAUAACCAGAACAUUGGAGUAAAUAACCAGAGUUUUGGAGUUAAUAAUCAAAAUAUUGGUAUAAAUAAUCAGACUAUUGAUGUAAAUAAUCAGCAUAUUGGAGUUAAUGCAGGCAAUGUGCUUCCUGAUAAGAUUGCAAAUGACAACAGUGUAAAUGAUGUACAUGUACGACCAUCAUAUUAUAGAAACCUUACUCAGAAUUUUGAUGCAAUAGACAGCAAUAAAGUUCCAGCAUAUGUUGUAAAUAGUAAGAGAAGGGAAGCUUUACAGCCAAGUAUACUUGAGAACAAGGUUGUGAUGCCUACUGGAAGAAGUGAAAAUGGUUCUAUGGUAAUUGAAAAUAUACAUGAAAAUAAUGAGCAUGUGCAAGUGAAUAAUGUAGUUAAUGAUAUCAAAGAGGAAAUUGCAAAUGUUGACAGUGAUAAACGUGGUAAUGCAAUGCCAGCGGCUGAUCCUGCAGCAGGUGUUUAUAAUGAUCAAUCAAAGCUUAACGACCAAAGAGUGUUUAAAGACCGUGUGGAGAUGGUCCCUUCAAAUAGAGCUCCAGAGCCAAGAGAGCCUGGCAAUUUAGGCAACAGUAUUGUACAAGGGGCUUUUGAUGUUGCACAACAGGCUAGUGUGUAUAAUGAUGCAGCAAGAGCAACAGCGAAUAACAUACCAGCCAAUGUACAUAUUAUAGGCAGAGAAAAGGAUCCAGUUAGGAAUGAAAUUCCAGAGGCAAACAGGAUUCCUAGUAAUCUGCUUCCAUCAGGAAAUGUGAACAGAUUUCAAGGAAAUGUGAACGGUAUCAAUGCUGGUCCUGUAUUUAACCAGCGCAAUGGGAUAAAACAGGAGGAUGAAGAAAAGCCAGGCAGCAUGAAGGUUAUAUGGGACUGGAGUGACUUUGCCACAAAUUUCGAACAGUACAUUCAACCGGAACAGAAAAUUCGCCGGGCCCCACAUGCAACCACUGGUGAACCGUGGCCCAUGCCGCAGUACUACGUAGCAAAGAAGGACAAAGUGUACGUCGUAGACAAGACGUUCAAGUUUGAGAUAACGAAAAACAAGUGUGACAUCAUAGAGAAGGCUUUAGAUCGCUAUAAGCCAUAUAUAGUGGAGGAUGCAGUGGAAGAUAUGUAUGAUAAUUUCCAGCAUGCGCAAAGCACCCAGUUUGAGGACCCGUCCCUCAAGUAUGAAAAUCCGCCCUAUGCAGAUGCACCAGUAAUAUCCAAGGUGCUUGUAAAGAUCCUGAAACCAUGUGUUAAGUAUCCUCAUGCAAAGAUGGAUGAAUCAUAUGACCUGUUUGUGAAGCAGACUGGAAUUCAGGUGUGGGCCAACGAAGUGUGGGGCGCUCUCCGUGGCCUGGAAACUCUCAGCCAGAUCAUAUUCAAGGGCUCCAACCAACUGCUGUAUGUGCGUGACACGAUCAUCAAUGACUACCCGAGGUUUACUCACCGGGGUCUGCUGAUUGAUUCCUCCAGGCAUUUCCUGUUUAAAGAGACAAUCUACGAUGUCCUAGAGGCGAUGUCACAGAACAAGAUGAAUGUUCUCCACUGGCACAUCGUUGACGACCAGUCUUUCCCCUUUUACAGUCAGUCCUACCCUGAUCUUAGUGCCAAGGGAGCCUUUCAUCCAACAUUUGUGUACAUGCCUGAAGAUGUGGCGGACAUUAUUGAGUUUGCUAGACUGCGUGGCAUAAGAGUGGAGCCAGAAUUUGAUACCCCAGGUCACACAUACUCCUGGGGCCUCAGUCGCCCGGACAUCUUGACACAGUGUUACCAAGGAAAUAACCCUGUAGACGGUUACCUGGGACCCCUUGACCCCAGCAAGAACGAGACCUUUCGCUUCCUCAAGAAUUUCUUCAAAGAUGUCCUCCAUGUUUUCAAGGAUGAAUACUUGCAUAUUGGUGGUGAUGAAGUCCCUAUGACGUGCUGGCAGUCAAAUCCAGAAGUGACAAAGUUCCAAGCCCUUCUGGAUGGCAAGUCAGAAUCUAAUAUGCAGACAAACUCGUUCUACUACGGUUAUGACAUUCGCAAAGUGCUGGAAUAUUAUGUUACAAGACUUGUGAAGGACAUCCAAUCCCUGGCCAGCAAGCGAUCCAGUGGGCUAAGACUGGUGUUCUGGCAGGAAAUCAUGAACAACAAUGUCAAGUUGCCGAACGACUCGAUAAUCCAGGUAUGGUUGGGAGGUAUGGAGGAGGUAGAGCGGGCAAUAUCCCUGGGCAUGAACGUCAUCUACUCCACGUGCUGGUACAUCAACUACAUCGAGUACGGCACCAAGUGGAUCAAGUACUAUCAGUGCGACCCUGCUGACUCCUCAUAUGGUUUCCGCAUUGAUGAGUCCAAGGUGUUGGGUGGGGAAGCUUGUCUCUGGGGAGAAUAUUUGGACAAUGAAAACUACAUGACCACUCUCUGGCCAGCAGCUUCUGCAGCCGCUGAGCGACUAUGGAGCAGUAAGGAUGUGCGAGACAUAGAGAAGGCGGCGACCAGGCUACAAGAACACAGAUGUCGUAUGCUCGGACGAGGUCUUCCAGUGAGUCAGAUCAGUGGGCCGGACUAUUGUCUGCGUCGGGGUCGCAAGAGGCAUCAGGAAAAUGAUACCAUGGCAACUAAUUGUACGGCCUCACAAUGCACAGGCUUUGGCGCAGAGAAGAGUAGAGUUGAGGUUGAAAAUAUCAAGGUUGAUAUUUAUCAGAAAGGAGGCCAUAUGCCCAACUGCUCACAGGCGGUAUUUCAUAUGGGUAACCAGUGGACAGUGGGACUCCUAGUGCUGGCGUUGGUUGCCGUGGCGAUAGUGAUGUCAGUGACGAGGAAGAAGAUCUCACAGGUGCGCGUCUGCAAGAAUAAGACCAUACUGUUGGUGUUUAUCAUGCUCAUUUUCCUGUACUUCAUGUGUUCCACGUCCAUUUGGAUGCAGGCAAUCGAGUUUAAAGGCUCAAUAGAGAAACAUAAGAGCUCUAAUCUACAAUCCACGUGAUUUGGGGUGUUUAAUGAACCCGUUUGAUACACAGUAUUUUGUUCAGCAACACUGAUAUGUCAUGUAUUAAAUAUAUGGUAACUUACAUGUAGCUGUAAGGUAGUUGUUAUACACCAAAAUUUUCUAAAUCAUCAUAUUCUAAAAUUGUUACAAACUUGGACAUAGAAUGCUCCUCUUUGUCUCCUAAAUUUACAUAAAUUUUGUAGAACAUGUCUUGUACACGUCUAUAUAAUAUUAUUAUGAUAGAAAAAAAAUCUUUAAUAUAACAGUAGCUUUAUUUAAAACUUUCUUUAUGCUUGCCUUAACUUUUUAGUAAACUAUGUUUUUGUCACUUUUGUCAAUAUUUUGUUAACACAUUUUUGAAUUUUUUUUGGAAACCUGCUCAACUGGGUCCUCUUAUAGCCAGAAAUGAUUUGAAAACAAAUGUACCAAUACAAUUUAAUUUUAUUAUGUAUUUUGAAUUAUGUAACAUUUCUGAAUGUCGAAAUAAAAAAUAAUAAUCCCCUUUAUUAUUCUUGGUCUUCUUAUUUUACUACAGUUUCCUCUUUCAUGGUUUGGAAGAUAUCCAUUUAGAGGGUUUCCACAGAAUUUUAUUUUUGGAGACUACUUUUUGUAAAGAAUCCAAAGAAAAACAUUGAUUUUGCUACCAUUGUUAUGUAUUUAUGUUUGUUUUUAGAUAAUUUAUUUGUUGUCCCGUAAUAUGAAAUGAGCUUACAAUUGUUAUUUGCAUAUAUAUAUGUAUACACUUGGUUAGUCAUUGAAGCACAAGAGGCAUUGUGCCAAGUUGUUUUAUAUCAGGUUGAAUCAUCAUUACCAAGGUGAAGCCCCUCACAGUUAUCUACCCUGUUAUUGGUCAUAUCCAUCACAAGCGUGCAUUAUUGGCAACUCUUCUUUAAGUACUAAAUAUUAUUAGCAACUGUCAUCAUGAGUAUUUUAUACAUUAAUGGCAUCUUACAUCUAAAUAUGCUACAAAUUAUUCGCAACUUUUAUAAAAGUUGUUGCUGAUUCUUGUCAUUUUCCAUCCAAAGUUAUUGCACAUGAUAGGCAACUUCCAUCAUAUGUUUGCUAAACAUUAUUGGCAACUUCGAUCAGUAGUAUGCUAUACAGUAAUGGCAACUUCUAUCAUCGUUAUGCUGUACAUUCUUUGCAACUACUAUCAAAAGUUGGUGCAUAGUAUUGGUAAUUUCCACAUUACAGCACAUUAUUGGACAUUACUAUAAUACGUUGCUGCCUUUUAUUGGAAGCUUCUAUCAUGAAAAGCUACACAUAAUUUCAAAUUUACAUCACUAUUUUAUGCAAGUUACUGUCAAAUUAUGUCCAUCAUACAUUGCUUAACACUAUUGGAAACUGCCAGCACAUUGUUUAUUGGCAAUUCCAAUAAAAAAAUUACUUAGAUAAAUUAAAUGCUAUAAAAUAUACCCACUUAAACUACCACAAAAUGCAAAUUUAUAAGUAUUUGUAACAAGGAAAACAUUAAAUAUAUUUUUUUCUAGAAAAAAAUCAGUGGCAUGUAGCCCCAAUAGGGGAGAUCACUGUGAGGAGUUUCAUAUCCACUUGUAAUUGCAUAACACAAUUGCUCAAUUGUCACUAAGAGUAAGGAAUUUCAUUUCCCCAUGACUAUUUUAAUAUAUUAAUAUUCAUGCGCAAUACAUUAAAUGUUCAUAUAAUAUGUUUAUAUGUAAUUAAUGCUUUUUUCAAAUAUUUGAUUAGAAUAGAACUUACGAAUAAUAACUCGAUCGCCAAAAAAAUCACAAAAUGAGUGUAUAUGUUUGUUGAGAACUUGCAAAGAGUAACAAACAAAAAUAGACCACACCAUAAUUGUAUGUGUUGAUUUUAUUGAUUAACGAUGUUAUUAUGAUUAUGUCUCUCUUCAGCCUGUAACAUUUGUUUGAUUGCACCAAUUUAAAUACAAAUAAUUUGCACAUUCUUGCCUUGAUUUCAUUUCAGUUUAUUCUCGUCAUUGCUCUGACAUGACAAAUUUUGCAAUUCACAGCUUUUGUGUUUGGGUAAGAACGUUUUAUUGCAUGGAAUCAUGUUUUGUAUGAUCACUGUUCAUGAACUGAAAUCAAAAACACUGCUUUACUGUUAGGAAGUGAUACAGACAGUGAUGACAUAUUUUCAAAUUGAGAAAUCCAGAUUUUACUGUAAUAUUUGUAUUGUGUAGAAUCAUUGUAUUUUAUUUUAUGCUUUCCGGUGGUUUAUAGAAAAAUAUCAGUGAAAUAAAACUUGUAUUUCAUUGUUUUAAA